CUCUCCUUCCUCCUCUUCUUCCGUUCCCUCCCCGAUCCCUCGUCCUCCUCUCUCUCCCUCCUCUUCUUCUUCCGUCCUCUCCCCGCUCCCCCGUCCUCCUCUCUCUCCCUCUCCCUCUCUUCCAACCUGCCGGCCGCCCACGAUGUCGAAGACGCUUUCACAACUUACGGACGAGUUCCUCAACGGAUUCGAAGGCUGUGCGAUCAUGAAAGUCGUGGACAGCUUCCGGAGGGAGAAGUCCUUGAGCGAGAUGAUGUCCUUUCUCCUGAGUCUUCCCGAGGCCCACCGGCACCUCACCCCCGCAGAGUGCCCCCCGGAGUUCAAGAGGGACUUCAGAGCAGCCGAGUGUUUCCGCGCUAAAGGAAAAAGCUAUUACGAAGGGAUGCUCAUUGAGCAGGCUCUGCAGAUGUUCAGCACGAGCAUCCUGCUGGCGCCCCAUCCUCCUCGGCGACCUUACCCUGCUGCCGGCAAGAAGGAAUCGUCCGAAGGGAGCGAGACCCCGUUCUUGCCCUUUUCGAGAGAAGAGGAAGAAGACGAAGAGAACCAGGCGUUGUCUCUGGGCUAUGCGAAUCGGUCGGCGAUGCUGCUGGAGUUGAAGCAAUACUCCCUUUGCCUCAGGGACAUCGGCCUCGCCCUCCGGCUCGGCUACCCGAAGCGCCUGCGGUAUAAACUGAUAAGCAGGUGGGCCAAGUGCCUCAUUGCGCUCAAAAGGGACCGUGAGGCCGAGCAACUUCUGAACGCAGCUCUCGAGGGGCUGGGCAGUCUCCCCUGCGACGACCUGACCCUGGCCAGCGCCAAAGUGUCUCUCCUGAUGGUUCGUCAGACUUGCAAGAAUUCCGGUUCCUCGCGAAAGGGUUCUCCAUCCCUUUCUCUUGAUGCUCUUGCCCUCGUCAAGGAAGAGGAGUUCAAGGUCCCCAGUCUGAAUAAUAAUAUCAACUGGUCCGCACCCGCCUUGAGCAGCGCAGUGAAGGUGGCUUACUCGCGGACGAAGGGAAGGCAUCUGCUGGCGACGAGGGACAUCAAGCCAGGGGAGUUGCUGUGUUCGGAAAAGAGCUUCGCAACCGUCCUGAAUCCAGAGAUUCGGGGAAAUUGCGCGCAUUGCCUGGUGGACUAUGGCUCUGUCAUCAUACCGUGUCCGGAUUGUACGGAGGUGCUGUUCUGCUCGCUGAAGUGCCAACAGGAAGCGCUGUCGACUUACCACCGGGUCGAGUGCCCGAUCGGCCCCACCCUGGCCAGCCUCGCUCUCCCGCCCCACGCGCUCCUGGCGUUCAGGGUCGCCGCCAAGGUGUCCUUCAAAAAGCUGAAGAGGGAGGAGGCGGAACUCCGCAAGGAAGGCGAGACGCAGAAGGCGGCGACGCUGGGGUUCAACGACAAGAAAAAGUACGUGUCUUCGAGCUACCGGGCCGUCUAUCACCUGAACACCAACCAGGCGCUGCGGCCGGACCUCGAUCUCUUCCACGCCUGCGUCACGGCCUUCGUCCUCCUGAAACUCCUGCAGAAGAGCGGACGGUACUUCUGCUGCGAGAAGGGCCAGCCCUGCUCGCCCUCGCACGAAGACCUGGUGCUCGUGGGGACCGCUCUCUGCGCCCACGUGCUCAGGGCGACGUGCAACGGACUCCCCAUCAUUGAGUCCGUGAGACACGUGCUUUUGAAAGGGUCCCACGGGAGCGUCAACAUCGGCCUUGGCUUAUUCCCGACGCUGAGCCUGGCAAAUCACUCCUGCGACCCGACUGCCACUGUCCUUACGUGCCAAACAGGAAGUCUGAUGAUGUCUUUAAGUUUCAUUCCGAAAGGAGGUGAAGUGACCCGCUCUUAUGGGGUUUCCUACUUGCGCAUGGAAAAGAAGAGGCGGAGGGCGCUGUUGCAAGAAGGCUACCAAUUCCUGUGCAGCUGCCAUGCGUGUGAAAACGACUGGCCACUGUACGAAGACCUUCCUAACAGUCUGAUCUUAAUUUGCCUCAAAUGCUCCGAGCCCUUGUGUUCUCUGAGUCUCAAGUGCUGGAAAUGUAAGAUCGACUAUGGUAUACCUCUGACAAAGAGGGAAGCCAAGUUAUCCAAUCGGUAUUUCUGUAUGGAAAUAGUUCAGAAGAUAGAAAGUGCAAGGCAAGAAUUCGUUUGUUAUGCCAACCCGCCGGUGAAAUUUGACGAAACUGAAAAAAACAUCCUCUGCGAUAUGCUCCUAUUGUUGGAUAAAUACACUAAACUUCCCAUGAAGCUUGUGGUCGCUGGUAGACACGCACUGAACGUUUGGCUGAAGUUCUGGGGACCCGCCAAACACUUCCAGUAGUCUUCUGCCUUGAACUUCCUCCCUUUUGUCUUGAUUUGUUUUAGGGACAUCCGAAGCUGUAAGCGCCGUGGUGAAAGCUUGGCUACCACUGCUAACGUCUAGACUUUGAGACCUCAGGCUUUCGUUCCUUCUGUAGCGCCGUCACGAAUGCACCUGCAGGCUCAGCUGAGUUGAUCUCCUCUGCCAAUCAACUCAUCCACAGGUCAUGCAGGUCAGUCAGGGAUCCGACAAGUAGAUGAACUUGAAACCUAUAAAGAUGGGGCCCAGGACCUCCUCUGUUACCACCGUGAAAGCGAGGGACAACUUGAACCCAGGCAUUAACAGAGAACCCUUUACGUGUGUAUACUCUACUGUAUACGUGUAAAUACAUUGCUUUAUGAAACACAGAACAGUACUUCGGAUAAUUACUCUUUUCCCAUGAGAUAGUACGUUUGACUGUUCUCCUUGGGUAUUCAGAGAUUCUGACAGUAUACGAUGGGACAUUUGUAUUCAUAUUUUCCGUUUCAAAUGUUCUCUGAUUCAAGGAAAUUACCUUUACAUUGUCUCUGCUUCAAAUGAAUUGUAGAUACAUUACCUGUAUGUACAUUUUCUAUGUUUCAGAUGAAUUACCUGUACAUUGUCUCUAUUUUUAAGUGAAUUGUAUGGACAUUAGUUGUAUGUACAUUUUCUAUUUCAAAUGCAUUGUAUGUAAUUGAUUUCGUUAAUAAUAUAGUGCAGGAUUAGGAUAUGAUCUAUAACCUACAUCAUUAAAAUACAUAUAAUGAAGUUGAAGCAUUAUGCAAACCAUGAUAUGUAAAGUAAAAAAAAAAAAAAUGUGAUAGCAUAUGUUCAUAUUAUUAUUUUGAAAUUAUAUAUGGACCUAAAGGAGAUUUAUCCUUUAUAACCCCCCCCCCCCCCAAUUCCUUGCCCGUUUAUGUCGUGAGAGCCGUGUUGAAGGGGUGGAAGGCUGACUUUGUGCCAGUCCUGAACGGCCUGAGGGAGCCAUGGGCACGGUAUUCC